AUGACAUCAAAUUAUAAGUCUUACAAUGUUUUUGAUUAUAAUUUAAGGUUUAUGAAAGAUGAAAAAAGGAAUAUGGAUAGAGAAAGAACAAGUGAUAAGGGCAAGGAGAAUAUAUCCUUGAGGAUAAAUUCAGAUAUGAGAAAAAAAAUAUAUUUAUUAGAAACAAAUACAAAAAGUCAUAAAGAUGAAAAGGAUGAGAAAUAUAACAAUAUGAGCUCAUCAAAUAAUAUGGAACAUAAAACUUAUGAUAAAAAUAUGGGUGUAAAAGAUGAUAUGUCAAAUUUAAGAUCUAUAAAAUAUAAUAUAGAAAUAAAUAAAAAUAAUAAUAAUAAUAAUAAUAAUAAUAAUAAUAAGAGUCUUAUUGUGGAUGAAAAGGAAAAAUCUAAUAAUAGAACGAUUAUGUUAUUAAACCCUAAGAGAAAGUAUGACCCAGAUUAUAUUUCAGAUGAAAAGAAUAUAAAGAGAAAAAAAAUAAAUGAUAUUAUUAAUAAAUAUAAAAAAAAAAUGAUAAUUACUUCAAAUGAAGAAAAUGAUGAAAAAUAUAGUAAUAAAGGGUCAUUUAAUAUUUCAGAUGAUAAUGAUGAUUAUGAUGAUAAGGGGGAUAAUAAAAGUAGUAGUUACAAUAUAAAUCGUAAAAUUUAUUCUACAGAAAAUAAUGAUAAAAAAUAUAAUUUCCAUAUAACAUCUUUAGAAAAAACGGAUAAGAUAAAUAAUGAGAUGAAAGAAUACUCAACUAAAGAUACUAUUGAACUAAGAAGGAUAGAAUCCAUAUCACAUGGAUCAAGUGAAAAUAAGGCAAAUAUUAAUUCAUAUGAUAUAGAAAAAAUACAUGAUGAAAAAAAGGAUAAGAAUGAAAUGCUUAAUAAUUUAGAUAUAAAUUUAUAUAAACAAGAAAAAUCUUUAAGUUAUAAUAAUAUGAAGGAAAAUGACUUGAAUAAAAUUGACAUAUCUAAACAACUAAAUGUAAAUUCUAAGGAGCUUAAAUAUGAUAAAUAUGAAAAGGAUAAUAAUAUAUAUAAUAAUCUUAGUGAUAAUGAAAAAUAUGUAGAUCAUACUAAUGUAUAUGAUAAAAAUUCAAGUUCUCAUAAUGUAAGUUUAAAUAAUUUAUUUAAUGAAAGCAAUUUCAUGUUAGACGAAAAAAAAAUUAGAGAUAAAUUUAAAGAAGUCAAAUUAAUUGAAAAAUCACUUGAAAGAAAUAAUUCUGGAAUAUAUGAAAAUGAACUAAAAGAAGGUGAUACUGACAAAAAGGAUGAAUUAGAAAAAAUGAAAGUGGAUAUGACAAUAAAAGAUAUUAAUGAAAAAAAUAAUAAAGUAAUUUCAUAUGAUAAAGACUAUUCAGAGAAUAAUGAAAUAAAACCUAUAAGCGAUGAGAAUACUGACAUGGGAAAAACGAAUAGAUCAUUUUUAGUUGAUAGAAAUGAUAAAAAGGAAAUGCUUCAUAUAAAUAACAAUAAUGAUAGUGUUAAUAAUAAUAAUAAUAAUAAUAAUAAUAAUAAUAAUAAUAUUGUUCAUAAUGUAGGGGAAUCACAUGAAGAUAUGUUUUAUAAGGCUAAUAAAUUAUCUGAAAAAAUAGACAGUAUUGUACAAAAUAUUAAAUAUAUCAAAAAAGUAAAAAAUUCAAAUUCUGAUAAAAAUAAUAUUGAUGUUAACCUUUCAGAUGAUAUAUCGAAUGAUGAGGCACAUAUGAAAAAUAUUACAAAUUAUGUAGAUUAUAAAAAAUUAUAUUAUGAUAAUAAUAAAAUGGAGAAUAUCAAAAAUACUUUUAAGAAAAAUGUAUAUAAUAAUAAAAAUGAAUUAUUGAACAUAAAUGAUACAAAAUUAAUGAUAAGUGAAAAUAAUAAUCAAAAGGAAAAUGUACGAAAUGAUGAAAAUUAUCUUUUGAAUGAUAUAAAUGAUUGUACAAAAGAUUUAAAUAAUAAAAAAUCAAAGGGUAAUAUUGAUGUUAAUAAUAAUACAACAUUUUUUGAUGCUAUGGAAUAUUCUAUAGGUUAUGAUAAAGAACAAUACAAUAAAAAUUUAGAAGAAGAUAAUGUAAUUACAAGAAUUUCAUCAAAUAAAAAUAAUAUGCAAAUAAAUUCCUCUUCAUCUAAUAAUAAAAAUUAUAUAAAUAAAAAUAAAUGGAAUAAUUUAAAAGAUAAAUAUUUCGAUAUGAUGAAACCAAGUGGUGUAGAUAAUAUUAUAACUAUUAAAAAAAAUGAUCUUAUAGUACAAAAUAAUGAAAAAUAUAAUCAUAUUUUUAAUAAAUCACAUGGCCAUAAAAACACAGAAAGGUUAAAAAGUUUUAAUAAUAACAAUUAUAAGGAUACACAUAUUUUAAAAAAUAAAAUAAAUGGUGAUAUCCAUAAAGAUGUUAAAAGUCAUAAUAUUGAAAAUAAAAUAAAAGAAGCGAAGAAAAUAAAAAAAAAGGAAAAUAUAUUAAACAGUAUAAAUCAAGAAAAAAAUGUCGAAAAUAAAAAUAUUGUUAAUAAAAUGUCAUAUUCAAAAAAAAAUAUUUUAUCAAAAAGUUAUGCAGAAAAAACUCAUUUAUAUAAUAUGAAAGAAGAAAAAAAUAAUAAUAAUAAUAUUAAUUUGAAGACAUGUAAAGAAAAGAAUCCUUUAUUUUAUUCUGUUGAUUUCUCAAACAAAAAAAAAAAAAAUGAUAUUGAUAAACGAUUAUGUGAUGAUUUAUUAUCUUCAGCUAUUGAUGAUUCGAUUGAAAGAAAAAUAAUAUAUGAAAAUAUAAUAAAAUUUUCCAAAAUAAAUGUAAAUAAGGAUCAUGAAUUAGUAGAUAAAUAUUCAGAUGAAAACAAGAAAAAAGAAAAUUCCAAUGAAAGAUUAAAAGAAGAAUUGGAUAUUAUUAAAAAUUAUUAUAGUGAAGAAAAAUUAAAAAGAGAGGAGGAAAAUAAAUUGAGAAAUGAAAUCCAACAAAAAAGAAAAAUGUAUGAAUUAAAAAUUCGAAAAGAUUUUCAGGAAAAAAUAAGACUUAGAAGGGAAGAAAAUGAAAAAAGGUUAAACGAAGAAAAAAUAAAUAAUUUACACCAACAUAAUGGAACAAAGGAAUUACCAAAUGGUAUAGCAGAUGGUAAACCGAAUGAUAUUACAAAUAAAGAAAAGGAAACGAAAGAUAUAACUUAUAAUAAUGAAAAAGAAGAAAAUAAUAUUAAAAAUGAUGAUAAUAAUAAUAAUAGUAAUAACAAUAUUAAUAAAAAUUAUUAUUAUUAUUAUUAUGAUGAUGAAUUGAGAAACGAAAAUUAUAAAAACAAUAACAAAAAAAGAAGAAAAAACAGAUUUGAAGAUUAUUCAAGUGAUGGAAGUUAUUAUAAAUAUAUGUAUUGUAAUUUAUAUGAAGAAAGAUGUAACAAUAAAAUGAAAAAUCAUUUUUAUGAUAUAAGUGAUAAUUUAUAUUUACAAGAAUGUUCUGAUAACUUCUUUCAUAAUAAUAAAAUCUCCUCUUCUUCUAUUUAUAAAUCACCUUCACAUAGUUUUGAUAACGAAUUAAUAUCAUUAAGUAAAAUAAAAUUUGAUGAUUUUGAUUACAAUUAUUUAAAUGAACUCCACAGAUCUGUAUCUAAAACGAAAGAGAGAAAAUCAAGUUGUUAUUCUGAAUUUAGUGAAGAAGAGGAAAAGUUAAAAAAUUGCAACUUAGUUAAACCUAAGGUUAUUUUAACUAAUAGUGAAAAGAGUUAUGAAAAAAAACUUAUUGAAAACUCCGAAGGGGAUAGGGAAAUUAAUGGGGAAUAUGAAAAGAGUGAUAUAUAUGAAAAGAGUGAUAUAUAUAAAAAGAGUGAUAUAUAUAAAAAGAGUGAUAUAUAUAAAAAGAGUGAUAUACAACAAACAAAUGAUAUAAACGAAAGAGAUAAUUCUUAUAAAAAAGGAGAUAUACAUGAACGAAAUGGAUGUCAUGAAAAAAAUGCAGUAUCAGAAAGAAAUAUUCCAAAUAAGAACAAUAGUACAGGAAAUCUUCAUAAUAAUAAUGUCUCCAAUUCACAAAAAGCAAAAAGCCGUUCCUUUGAUUAUCAUCGUAGAAGUAACAAAAACAAUUUUUAUGAAUACAAAAUGAAUAAUAAAGAUGAUGAUAAUAUAUUGAAUAAAUUGUUAACUAUAAAAUAUCAAAAUAAAAUAGAAAAUGAUAGUUUAAGCAUAAUGGAGGAUAAUAUACACAAUGAUAAAGACAGUAGUGUGAAUGAAUAUAUGUGUGAAGAGCAACAUAGUUCUGAAGAGGAAUAUUCAGAAGAGAAUAAUAUGGAUGAUGAAAAAGAUUCCGUUAAACUAAAUGACAAGGAAAGUGAAUAUGAUAAAAAUAAUUGUAAAAGUGUAAAAUUAAUACAAAAGAAAAGUGAUUUUAAUAAUGAAAAUAUGAAUGAAUUGAAUAUAUCACCAUCUCAUACGGAUAUUGAUAAUAAAGAAAAACCAAAUAUAUUAUUAAAUUCUACAAAAGAAAAAAAUCGUAUUAUAAAUGUUAAUGAAAAGAAUGAUAUAUUUAAAAUAAAUCCAAUAAUACAAGAAGAUAAAAAUGAACCAAAUGAUAAUAUAAAUAUUAAUGAUGAUGAAGAAAAUGAGGGAAAAAAUAAAUUGAAAACAUCCAUAUCAUCUUCAGAUAAUGGAAUACCAAAAAUUAAUAUUUUAAAAAAUAAUGAAAACUAUAUUCCAUUAGAUAUUGCUUUAAAUUUUGUGAUGGAUAAUGCAAAAAUGAAGAAAAAUUUACAAAAGGAAGAAAAAAAAGAUAAAGGAAAGAACAAAACCUUUGUUCAGUGGUUAAUGGACGAAAGAAAAAGAAGAUUAAAAAAUAACUUACCCAUAGAUAUUUAA